AGAGAACUUCACGAUCACAGAAGUCUGUACAAAUGUACAUCCUCCACACAAACACACUCUAAUUUCUGAUUCCACUCGUUUUAAAUUUCAUAUUAUCUUAAUAUAUAUCCAUACAUGGCUUCCACCGUUGUUCUUCAUAAUAUCUUCUUCUCUGUUUCAGCUUGCUCUGCUAAAUGUUACAGAAACCGUAACCUACCGCUCAACUCUUCUCUGAUUUUCUCCUCUAAAUCCCUUUUAAGGUUGAAGAAGCAGUCUCUGCUCUCAACUAUCCCAACCCAUAAGCUCAAAAGACGCAAAACUCACGCCGCGCCUGUCGUCUUCGCCGUCCAAUCCAAUUUCUUAAAAGUUCUUCAAACGGUAUGGAAUGUUGGGAAGGAUGGUAUUGAAGCAGGAACGAAUUUGGUGCCUGAUCCUAUUCCAAGACCAAUAGCAAGGAUUUCUGUAACUAUAGCUGCAGUGACACUUGCAUUGUUUGUCCUGAAGUCAUUCCUAUCAACAGCUUUCUUUGUGUUGGCUGUGAUGGGACUCAUAUAUUUCACAUUCAUAGCCAUUAAUAAGGAUGAAGGCCCAAGAGGGGGUGGAGGUACCAGUACUACUUCUACAGAAGACUCGCUGGAAGAAGCGAGAAGAAUAAUGGAAAAGUACAAAUAACUAGAGCAGAAGCAGUGUCACUGGUAUUCAAUCAACCUCUUCCCCAUAUGUUGUUUCUUUCAGCAGUAAGGUUUUGGGUUUGCUCUGACAUAAAAUGAAUGAAAUUCUUCUGUCAUGGAUUGAUAAAUCUUUCUUCUUAGUAUUGCACCUUUUUGCUGCUUAAAACGCAUGAGAUUUGUGUACGAGUCUUGUAAAGCUUCAAGAAAGAGUCACUGGGUAAUGUUGUGGGUAGGCUCGAUUCUAUAGUUUGUAUUGAGCAAUAAUCUUUACUAAAGCUGAAUGUAUAACGAGAUUUAUGGUUCGACUGAGCAAAGGCAUACCAAAUGUGAAUAUUUAAAGAAAUAUCUAGAUCCAGAUAAUUUUAAGGC